AUGCCGAAGGAAAAGAUGUCUCAACCGGGUUAUCGUCGAGUCUCUCCCCUCUCCUUUUCUCAUCCCCUCCCACCCCGCCUGAGAAACGGUGACUCUCAAAUCCCCCGCCCUGCGCCAUCAGCUACUGGCCCAGAGUCUGCUUCCCCGAGCUCCCCAGACCCUCCAGGCACGUACGCUCUUGAUUCCCCUCUACUUUCAGGACCAAAGAGAGGCACUGGAUACUACCGGGGUUGCGAAAGAAUCCCAAUGCAAUACGGACCAGAGGAUCGCGCAAACAACGCACGGCGAAUUGCUUGUACGGGUACUGAAGUUACUUUUCAAGUGGCAAGUCCUAGACUCAUUGAUAUCCCCCGGAACAAUGGUGGACGAAACAUUGAAAACGAGCUUGCAAAUGCCAUUUCCCAGGGUUACAGUCAACCGCCACUUAUGAAUCUACUACCGACCAUCAUUGAAGAGGCCAGACCCAGUACCAGCACACACACAAGCUCUGAGUACCAAAGCAUUGCUCAAAGUGAAAUGCCCACUCUCGGUGUGUCUAUGAAUGCUGAAAGAUUUAUCAUGGGUGGAAAUCCUGGUCCCAGCACCCUGCCAAACAUCACCAAUGAGCGCCAAUCACAAGGUGUUUUCCAAUCACAGUUAGUCCCAAUACCCAGAGAUCAGGAUAGGACCCGUCGCUAUGGGCGUGUUACAAGUUUGGAUAUUUCAGGUCAAUUGAGAGAAUCCCCUUCAACUGAGCGAGAUGGCACGUCGCUAGAAUACACGGAUGGUCACAAGGAUGGUCACAAGUCCUUUGAAUCACUCCAGGGUAGAGAGAAAAGGCAUAGCUCAUCCUCAGUGGUUGUUGGUCAUGAGACUGUGGGGUUGAAGCCACGCCCAGUCCGUCCUGACAGCCCGCUUCUGCCACCAAAACGCACUUCGCCCGAAGACAGAUAUCCUAAAUGCAUGAUCACGGGCCUUCCUAUUCUGCCAGCCCCACAGAACUCUCCUGCAUCGAUGCACGCUCACGACAAAUAUGAAUUGGACCCAAAUGAUAUCCCACGCUCGAUUACAUCCACGGCACCCACUCCACGCAAUUCCCUUGAGCAGAUGCAAGAGGCUUACAUGUAUGGAAAGGCAUUGGGGGAGUUUGAAGGACUGACCCCACAAUCGAUCCCGCCACUUGCUAUACCAGCGAACCUGUCUGUCUUGGUGAAAAAAAAGCGACUCAGAAAUAACUCAGCUUCUAGUGCUGAUACUGAUGUGACUAAACGCGUGCCAGCAUCCACGAUCCCAAGACUUUCUCUCCGUGCGCCAUCCUUGGAGUCUUUGUUGGGCUGGUCUGGGCCUAGUGAGAAGCGCCAUCCAAAGCCAGGCGCCAAUAAGCUCACUAAAGACAGCCCUGUCAGUAGCGUUGGAUCUAGUAAGCAUGCCACUUCCGAGAGGAUCAGCCAGAGUCACACUGAGGUGGGAGGUAACGCCCUCCAGACGGCCACUGACAAGCCCGCUUCGCCAUCGCCACGAAUGUCCAAGGUCGUGGGGGGCAUUCGCAGUGCGUUUUUACGAACACGCCAUGGCAAGCAGACAAAGCGUGUGUCUUUCAAGCUUGAAGAUGAUGACCCCGCAAUUACGCAUUCACUACUACCUCCGCUACCUCCCCUUCCUAGAGAAAGUUCGUCUGGGAGCCUCAAGGAGAGUACUCUAAAGACCCGGAUUAGCUCUCCAAUUCUCCCUGCCCGCGGUGAUGAGAAUUACAACGCCCAAGAGCUCGAAACCACCGGCUUGGAUAGAGUACGCCAGACCUUGAACGGCCUCGGAAGACUGCUGGUCGAGGACGAACAACCUGAGCGACGGAGGGUAUGGUACCGAGAAUAUGUUCUUCUGCAAGGCCUCCUUGCCAACUUCAAUACCAAAGCUGCUCGUAUCGCAGAUGCGACCUCCACAAUUGCACAACUGCGCGCAGAAGCGGCCAUGUGUCGGUACGCUAUGAUGCAACAGGUCGAGCAGCUUUCACAUGACCACGACGCAUUCUAUGCGGGGGAUCUGCCCAGUGACCGGGUUAUCGGCGAGUGGGAUCCCAGACAUCGCUAG